UUAAAAUCUCAGCAAGCUUGAGUAACUUAAGAUAUUAUGCAUACAACUAAGAAGAUACAACACAGGUCUAAAUCCAGACUGCUUUACACCAAUUUCUGUUUCAACCUUUAGUUCUCCAACAUUCAAGAUGGCUCGUACUAUUUACUUUUGCUGGAUUCUCCAAUAUACCUGCUGCCUCCUUGUGUAUUCACAUCUGGUGAUUGAAGAAAAAGACCCAGAAACUCCACAAAACAAGAUUAUUUCUGGUCUCCAACCUGAGCAGGAAUCGAAGUAUACUGGCAUCUCCAUUGUAGAACUGCCAAAUAGCAGAAAAAUAAAUUUCAGAAGAGAUGAUAGAAGAAUGAGCCCCAGUCCACCUAAAAAAAACAAUGGGAUUGCAACACCUCAUAAGGUGAAGAAGCUAAAACCAGAGAACGGUCAUUGUGUGCAGCUCUGGGGAAUGUGUCUUCCACCAUCUCCACCAUGUUGCAAUCCUUGUGCCUUCUGCCACUGCCGAUUUUUCAAUACUGUCUGCUACUGCCGGAAGCUGAAUGCCAAGUGUCUGGACAGAACGUAAGCAGCUGCACUCAUGAUGAAGGACAGCAUAUAAAAAUUAAAAAUAAAUACUAUAUACGUCUUCUUGUUGGUUAUUGUCAAAUCAAAUUAUGGGUAAGGGUAAAGAUAGAUUCCAACUGAUUGAGAAUUAUUUACAAAUCAACAAUAAAAAUACAGAACAUUG